AUGGGGGUUGCCCAAAAACUUGAAGAAGCCAAAAGACAGACAGAACAGAAGCCUCAGAUACCAAAGGUUGAAGAGACAAAAAAAGCUGAUACGGUAGUGGCCAGUGAUCCAAAGCCCCAGCCAGCUUUCUCCAUCAACAUCAAGAACCUUCCAUCUCAGAAGGAGAAGCUCCGGAGCGAAUUUUCCAAAAAACUAGAGAUACACAUGGAAAACCUCCAGGAGACCAUUUUUAGAGCCACCCGGGCACUUAACGAUGUGACAGGUUACCUGGGCAUAGAAAAGUUGAAAAAGUCCGUCGACCAAUUAGAGAGUGAGCUCAAGAACCAGAAACAGGCUGUGAAGAAGUGCAAGGUGAAGUACCUGGAGGCGAUCCAGAAACGGUCUGACUCACAGAAAGAGAUCAAUGAGCUCUUGACAAGAAAGCAUAACUGGAGCCCCGUUGAUGUGGAACGUUUUACAGAGCUUUACCGUAAUGAUCACACAAACCAACAAGAGGAGGCUCUGGCCGAGCAGCAAUUGGCUGACGCCGAACUGGCGGUUGACUCUGUUCAAAACAGAUUGACUCAGCUGAUUUUGACCAGGUACCAUGAGGAGCAAAUUUGGAGUGACAAGAUCAGACAGGCGCUGACGUGGGGAACUUGGAUUAUCAUGGGGAUUAACGUGCUUUUGUUUACAGUGGCUACGUUUCUUGUGGAGCCAUGGAAGCGGCGUCGUCUUGUCAAUGCUUUUGAUGCUCAGGUGCAGCAGAAGAUGGACGCUUUUUCCAACGAAAUGAGGGCUUUGGCUGGUGCUCCUCCCAAGCCUGAAAUGGCACCAAAAGAGGAACCAACGGGGUCUUCAGAAGCACACGUCAUCAGCUUUUCAGGGGUCUCCACUUGGGCACAAUUGAAGGCAUGGCUCAUCAGAAACUACAACGCUCUCAAGACAAGCCCUGCUUUCUCCCUCGACCACCAGAAUUUCACCAUCUACUCAGCCAUAGUGCUUGGUCUCGGGACCGUUGUUGGCAGCACCAUCACUCUCCUUGCCUACAGCAAAUAA